UGAAGUUUUAUUUCUGGCAGAUAACCAAAUGUCAAUGUCAAAAAUCUGCGUUAUUUUGGUCAUUUUUGGGGCCACCGAUGCUGUGGCAAGAUCUAGAAUAAAACGAUACGAUAAUUGUAAAGAUAAACUCCAUAUAGAUCCAACAGUUUGUUCAACUGAUGAUUUUAAUCCAACCAUAACUUCAGAGAAAAACAUUCCUUUGGUAUAUAAAGCAGAGUUCACAAGUAACUGUAAAUACGAGUCAAAAAAGUACGUUUGGUACCUCAAUGAGGAGAUGCAGCAACAAGACAUGAAUAAAUUUACUCUUGAUCCUGGAAAAGUUACUACUAGCGCACUCAAAAUAAAACUGGAGGUGGUACUUACAAGAGAUAGAAAGGUUUCAACGCUUGAAUUAACUUGUUACCUCAAAGUCUAUAACCCGAAACUGGAAGUUGUUAUUGAAAGUGGUCCCUCUAGGACUGUCGAUAAGGGUACUAAAACGGCUGAUGCCAUUGGUUUGUACUCUGGGGAUAAGGGAGUAAGGGAAUACAAAUGGAAGUGUUCUGUUCUAAAAGACACAAACACGGGUUUUUGCAAAAAAACGUACCGUAGGGAAACCCCCACGGUACCAGCGAAGUACGCACUUGGAGGUCACGAGUAUAAAUUCACUCCCAAAGCUAGAGCAAGUGACAAACUUCCAUGGGAAGAAGUUGUAAGAGUGAGAAAACAAGAUUGCAAAGAUAAAGUGACCAUUGAUCCAAAAUAUUGUUGGUCUGACAGAAACAAACCAUUCGAUUUGUCUGCACCCAACAGACAAGUACUUGAAGGUAAAUUCACAAGUGACUGCGAGUUCGAUUCCAAAACGUUCAAGUGGUACCUCAACGGAAAAAAGCAGGUAGAAGGCGAUAGCAAUUUUAUGGCCGACAUAAACAGCAUUCCUGGGGGAUUAAACGAGGUAAAAUUAGUAGCAGAAGUCGAAAGACAUGGCAAUAUUUUACGCCCCGAAACCAUAUGUUACAUAAAAUUCACAAAAAAACCAUUGAAGCCAAUCAUAAAGGGUGGUCCCUCACGAACGGUUGAUGAAAAUUCGGAUUUUGAAAUGGAUGGUUCCGAAUCACUUGAUGAUGAGGGACAACCCAACAUAGGGGCGAGACUAGAAUACAAGUGGGAGUGUUCGGUUGAAAAAGGCACAAACACAGACUUUUGCAAAAGAACAUACAGUGAGAGUACCCUAACGGUACCCUCGGAAUACGCACUUGGCGGUUACGUCUACAAAUUCACUCUAAGCAUUAAAACUAGUAAAGACCUUUCGUGGGAAAGUACCACUCAAGUUGUGACAGUACGAAAAAAGGAUUGUAAGGAUAUAGUGACCAUUGACCCGAAAUACUGUGGGCCUGACAAGAACAAACCUUUUGAUUUGUUACCAACUAGCAGUGAAGUACUUGAAGGUAAAUUUACAACUAAUUGCGAGAUCGCUUCCAAAAACUUGGUGUGGUACGUCAAUGGUAAAAAACACUCUGAAUACGACGACCAGUUCCUGGCCGAUGAACAAAGCCUUUCCAAAGGCUUAAACGAGAUAAAAUUAGUGGCAGAAAUCGACAGACCUGGCAAUAGUUUAAACCCUGAAGCCAUAUGUUACAUAAAAUAUGGAAAAAAAACAUUAAAACCCAUCAUCAAAGGUGGUACCUCUCGGACGGUCGACGAAAAUUCUGAUUUUGUGAUAGAUGGUUCCGAAUCACUUGACGAUGAGGGACAACCUAACACUUCGGGAAAGUUGCAAUACAAGUGGCAAUGUGUCCUUGAAAAAGGGACAAACACGGAUUUUUGCAAAAAAACGUACAGCGAAAGUACCAUAACAGUACCAGCAAAAUACGCCCUUGGGGAUCAUGUGUAUAAAUUCACUCUAAGCAUUAAAACAAGUAGUGAUCUUUCGUGGGAAAGUACCACUCAAGUUGUGACAGUGAGAAGAAAGGAUUGCAAAGAUCAAGUGACCAUUGAUCCGAAAUAUUGUGGCCCUGACAAGAAUAAACCAUUUGAUUUGUCGGCACCUAGCAGACAAGUACUUGAAGGUAAAUUUACGAGUGACUGUGAGUUUGCUUCCAAAAAGUUCAAGUGGUACCUCAAUGGUAAAAAACAUUUAGAAGACAACAACCAAUUCGUGGCUGAUAAACAAAGCCUUUCCAAAGGCUUAAACGAGAUAAAAUUAGUGGCAGAAAUCGACAGACGUGGCAAUAUUUUACACCCCGAAACCAUAUGUUACAUAAAAUUAACAAAAAAAACAUUGAAACCCAUCAUCAAAGGUGGUACCUCUCGGACGGUCGACGAAAAUUCGGAUUUUGUGAUGGAUGGUUCCGAAUCACUUGACGAUGAGGGACAACCUAACACUUCAGGAAAGUUGCAAUAUAAGUGGCAAUGUGCCCUUGAAAAAGGGACAAACACGGAUUUUUGCAAAAAAACGUAUAGCGAGAGUACCAUAACAGUUCCAGCGAAAUACGCCCUUGGGAACCACGUGUACAAAUUUACCCUUAGUGUCAAAAUGACGGAUAGUUCCUCCUGGGAUCACAGCGUUGAGCAAAUUGUUACAAUAUCCCGAAAAUCCCCAACUGGGAUUAAAAUACAGUCGUGUCAAGUCACUCCAAGUUCUGGUACUGCCGUCAAGACGAAAUUCAAAGUCGGGUGCCAAUUCAAAGGAAACGCAGCUUCGUUUGAAGUUUAUACAGUGAAACAAGACAAAAAUGUACCACUUGCUCAAGCUGGGCGGGUCGAGGAUUUGGAGUUUCUCCUCCCCAUCAAUGUUGAGGUCUUUAUUAGGAUUCGAGAUAUUGAGGAUUCAAGCGAUGUGUUCAAGUUAAGUGUGAAUGUUGAGAGCGCUUGUGCCGAAAUCCCACAUUUGACUCAAAACGUCAAGGAUUUGGUGCACGAGAGGAGUAUAGCAAAGGCGGUACAACUAGCUAAUGGGAUUAUUGAAGAAGUUGAAGCAAAUCCAAGCGACAAAAACCAAGAAAUUAAACAAGACUUGUUGAAAACUUUCGUCGAGACGGAGGUCAAGUCACGGGAAGAUGCCCAACAGAUCUACUCAAUCAUCAGUCGAAUUGUUUACAAUCCUGAGGCUGAAAGUGACCCGUUCCAGGGCGAAAUGGCCACGAAAGCGUGUAAAAAGAACGCGGACAUUGAUUUCGCCAACUUGAAGAGCAAGCACUUCCCGGAAAAAAUGGCAAAGGAGAUUGAAACCAACGCCAAAAUUCUUAUGAACUGUGGCGUGACUGACACCAAACAAAAUGAGAAACAACUGGAGCAGAAAAGGCUCGAUUUUAACGUCACUACGCCCUAUCCGGUGGUUACACUUCCGGUGAUUACGGAACAGUACCAGGAUUAUGACGCGGAUGACCUUGCGGCUUCCAAGGUUAAAAAAUACGAAGAAGCCGCUCACAAUUACGUCGAUAUCUGCAAAACGACGCUUCAAAUGUUGGCCUUGACCUCCAUCAAGGACACGAUUGCGACCUCGACGGUCAAUGUCAGUGCCCAGGUCACACGUUCCCAAGGCCAUGACCUCGUAGGUCGCGAAAUCAAAAUUUCCGGUGCGACUUUCUGGGUUUCACAAGAUUUGGAAACGGUCAAGGAUCUAGUCGAUGUGAUGGUGUGUUCAUGGAAGAGGAACCCGUUCUGGUGGGUGGGUUGGGUCGUUGUCACGAACGUGGUACUGGUCAAGGUUAGCAAAAUGGGACAGGAGAUGGUACAAUUCACCCAACCGGUCAAAAUGGUACUGGAGGUUCAUCCAAACCGAAAAGGGGAAAUUGUGGUUCAUGAAAUCGUCAAUGGUGGUUUGACAGUGGUGCGGAUUGAAGUGAAAGCAGGGGAGAGUUUUUUUGUUCAGUUUUUGCAAACCGCCAGUAAUUUUCGGGUACUUUUGACCGAAUUUGAAAAACCUGACUUGGGUAGGGUUCAAAGCGAGGGUCAUUUGGUCAAAGAUGGGCAAGUUGUGUACCAGGAGAAAGUGAGUGGGUAUGACGCUUGGUGGUACCUUUCGAGUGUUUCGGGGGAUUACCAUUUGAGUGUUUAUACCAUGUCGUGUUACCAGUGGAAUGUCACUCGAAAAAUUUGGGUUUUUUCUUGUCGAGGUGGUGCCAACUCGAGUGGUACACAAAUCGAGUGUUUGUGCAACCACUUGUCGAUUCUUUCGGGGAUUGUGUACAACAAUCCGAUCAAAAUUGAGAAAAAUAUAACAGAACCCGACUUUGAAAUGGUACUAAUACGGUCACCGAUCAUUUUUAUUUGUAUGGCCACAGUUGUUGCUCUCUAUUCGGUUUCGUUGAUCCUUGUGGUGAAAGAACGCGUCAAAACGAUAAAUAUUUACGUUCCGGGCGAUAUAUCUUCAUAUGCGCGGUACCCAUACUUGGUUAUGGUUCAAACUGGGCGGAAACCAUCGUCUGGUACUUCCUCCAAUGUUUGUAUCAAAAUAUUCGGCCAACAUAACACGAGCCAAAGCCACGUCCUUAAUUACCCCGAUCCACAAAAAAGGAUGUUUCAGUGGGGUAACAAUGACUGGUUUCUGGUACCCACCAGAAGCUUUCUGGGUCAAAUUUUGGAAAUCGCCCUUUGGAUUGAUUAUACAGGCCGAUCACCUGCCUGGUAUUGCCAUUAUGUGAUAGUUUACGACGUACAAAACAGUCACAAAUGGUAUUUUCACUUCAACCAAUGGUUCGAUUUGCCCCCCAAAGGCAACACCUACAUGAAAAUGCCACCAUCGGAGGAAAAAAUUCCGAGAAAAUUCUCAAUGGUGCAAUUUUUACCGCGCCGGUCUUACCAAACCAAUUUUGGCGUUUUUACCAAAUUGACUUUACUGUUGUCUAUUUUUUUGAUGAUAUUUUUGGCGGCUUUCGCCAUGUAUGGAGUACCACAGCUGGAGCUGAGCGAUGGUUUUGCAUGGUACUGCCAGUAUGGUUUCCACUGGGAACCGUUCGCCAUUGGUUUCGGGAGUGCCGGAGUCACAUUUGUGGCUCAUAUGAUUUGGGUAGGGUUUUACAGGCACCAGAAACGGGCAAAAGUCGUCUGUUUGGUGGUCUUGGCGGCUAACAUCGUCAUAAGUGUCACAGUUUUGGUGAUUUAUGGCUUUUGGCAACCACUCGUAAUGAGUUGGUUUUGGUUGACGUCUGUUGUACUAGCGUUUUUGGUUUAUUUCUUGGUUUUGGAGAACUUGUGUGAAGUGUUUUGGACAAAAACUGGUCAAGAAUUCGUCUGGACUAAACAUUUGCCCAAACUUGUUCGUGAAAUUGAAAGGCAGAGAAGGUUUCUGUUUCGGAAAUUUGGGGAAAACGUUUUGCGUGCAUACUUUGGCCAUUUGUACCAACCGUUGAACAUUUUCGAUAUUACGCUGCGCAAACACCGAGUUUUUACCCGGUUCAAAAUUUUGGCCUUAAUUGAAGACACGAUCAUGUUUUCCUGUUACAUUACUCUUCUUUACUUGGCGAUUUAUGCCAACAAGAACCCUCAAACUAUCCUCAAUCACCAGGAAAUGCGCAGUUUGAUGACCGGCUACGCCAACAUCACUUCAAUUUCGGAGUACUACAAGUACCUCAACAUAACUUUUACUCCAACGUUGCAUUUGCAACAAUGGUACACCAAAUACGUGGUGGACGCCCCGGGAACCAUGGUCGACUUUUGUAACAAGUUCCUGGGCGUUGCCCGUAUUCGCCAGAAACGAAUCGUCAAGGAACCAUGCAUGGUACCAUUGUUUCAGACAAACUCGUGCCGGUCUGAAUUUUGGUACUCCAAAGAGAGUCAUCAAAGUUUCAGCAACUUGUCUCAGUUUAGACCUAUUUGGAACUAUACUUCGGCCGAAAGAGCUGGGACUACGGUAGUUGUUGGAAAAUUCGGGAUUUACGAUGGUGGGGGUUUUGUAUCGCCUCUUGGUCGUACUUUGUACAACACAUACGUCAACAUUAACUACAUGGUAGUUAACAAAUGGAUAGAUGAGGCUACAAGUGCCAUUUUCUUGGAGUUUUUAUCUUAUAAUGUCAAUACGAAUUUGUUCAACGUGGUACGACUUGUGACCGAAUUGGGUACCACCGGAUUUUUCCGGAGCAAACUGGAGUUGGACACUGUGCAGUUGCUCUUUCUUAGGGAUGAGGAUAGUAUUGUCCAGAUUGUCAUUUUUGGGGCUUUUGUCAUCAUUGUGUUUAUUUUUACGGUCAAAAUUCUAACAAGGAUAUGGCAAGGAAAAGGUUUGAUUGUAUUUCAGGACUUUUGGAUUGUGGUGGACUUGAUCAUAGUCAGCAUGAGUUACGGGUGUUUUGCUUCGUUUGUCCAUAGGGCCCAGAUGGUCAAAGAGUUCUUGUCCAAAAUGGAAAAAGCCAAAAAGAAUCAAUUCAUCAAUUAUUUCCACUUGGUUUAUGCCGAACUGACGUUCACACUAGUCGCAGCUUUGCUCGUUUUUGUAUCAACAGUAAGGCUGUGGAAGUUGUGCCGUUUUGGAACGGUUUUUCAGAUCAUGGAAAAGACACUGGCUUUGUCAAUUGUAUCAAUUUUAUCGCUGUUUGUUUCACAUGUUGGUUUUAUCGUCGCUUUUACUUUCCUUGGUUGUCUUAUUUUCGGAUUUGAAUCUGAAGAUUUUAAAGAUAUGGCCGAUAGUUCUGUCUCUUUGAUGCGUCUCUCGACGAGAUUGAUCAAUUCGUUUAACGUCAAACACUUGAUACAAUUAAGUCCAAUGUUGGGAAACGUCUUCUUCGCGUCUUACAUGAUCAUAAAUCAGUUAUUCGUCUCGCUUUACAUUUCGGUGAUCAUAAUGUGUUACCACCAAGUCGUUCGGGCCAGUUCAAGUCACCAAGACUUUUCCAAAUUGAAAAAAUUCGUUUCGAAAGAAGUGGCCUAUUACAAAACUUUACUAAAGGUUGGUUUUGUUCGUCUCACUGGUGGGCGUUCUAGGAAUCGGCAAUUUGUAACAGCCAAAUCGGACGAAAUUCGGUAUGAAAAUUGCCUAACUUUAUCGUCAAAUACAUUGGAAUUUAUGCGUUGUAUUGCUUGGUACAACUUAAAGAAGUACACUCUGAGUGACAAAGAGAAGUUGCAGUUGAUGGAACGAGUUGUUGGUACGUGUCACGCAAGUCCGAAUGAGUUUUUUUUCACAGCUAAAGCUAAACGUCGAAUUCGGAUAAUUCAUGAUGAUAGGAUUAAGAGAGUGGCAGCUGCGACUCAGUUAAUUUUGCUGUUUGAUGCUGACAGGAAAAGGAGAAGGGAAGAGAAAGUGAAACAGAUGUUACAACAACAGGAGAAUGUCUUAGAUUAUGUUUUGGAAGUGUUGAGUACUAUUUUGACCAUUGUUUCGAAUAUAGAUGUAGAGUGAGGAUAAUAAAAUAAUGUUG